CUCUCCUCAUUAAUCGCUGUACACGUGGGACAGAUUUGCCUCCGUGGCAGCAUAUAGACAGCUGCUGUCUCUCUGUUGUACAUAGCCUCACGCCCCUUCCCAUCCCCUCCCCCAUCGCAUCUCCCCGCCGGAGCGGCCCCGCUGCGUCCUCCCCCUCCACUUCGAUACCCUCCUCUCCAUCUGCAGGGACAGGCGUACAGAGGGGUAAGCCGGAUGCCUGUGAAGGAGGCGGGCUCGGCGAGGGGCGCCCCGGGGACCGCGGCUUCGGCGAUCGCUGCGGGGGUCGUAAGUCGUUAUGAUUCCAGCAAGGGGCGUAUAAUUUAUAGACUUCCCAUAAGGAUUCGAAGCGUACCGAAGACUCGAGGGCGGUCAUAUAUAUACAUAUUCCGAAAUCUAGGGUUAGCAAUUCCCGCAGUCUUCUCGUCGCCGCGCAGUUGGUCCUAUUCCGAUCUAGAUCUAACCAGGAGAAGAGAGGAGAGAAGACGAGUAUGGAGGGAAACGGAGACGAGGGGAUAGAGCAGAGGAAGGAGGAUCAGUUGUGGGCUCCCCCCGCCGCCGCGAACCAGACGACCCCGACAUCCACCGUCCCCGGGAAAGAGGUCAUGUCUAUUGAUGACGAGGCCAUAUCCGGCGUCAAUCCCCGGAGUGCCGCUGCUGCGCAGAAUAUUGUGGCUGCUUGUCAACUGUUUGUUGCCAAACAGAAUUGGGAUGGGCUGGAGACUUAUCUUGCUGAGUUCUUGAACAAGGUUCAGGGCGACAAGUUCUAUCCCCACCCAGGGCUUUUUUGCUCCCUUUACCAAGCACAUAUCUCAUAUCUCAUUGGGAAAAAUCACUUUGUGGAGGCUCAAGCUGUUUUCGAUGGCAAGGUGAAGCCUCUUCUUGAUCAAGAAAAAGAUGACAUGUACAAGCCAUUUGACUUAGAAGCCCGUGUGCAAAUGUUGCGGAACUGCGUGUACAAUUGUUUGCCUUUGGCUGCUGCUGCUGAUGAAGAUAUGAAUGUAGUUCUUGCUGAUUAUCUGAUGCUGUAUUUCCCGACUAGCUUGCAGAAUGAGGCAAAGAGAACAAAUUCAAUUUCAGAUUUUUUAGUGACUUUCAAUGAUAAAAAAGGAAAACGCCAUCGUUGUUUGGCAUGUCAGUGGGUGAUGUCAGCUUCAGCCAGGUCAAUAGAAUAUCACAUCAAGCACUCAAAGCAAAUUAACUGCUGUCGCAGAGUAACAAAAUGGAUGCUUGAAUAUCUCGCAGAUGUCAUGAAUGAAAAAGAAAUUAGUAUACAGGAUAUGACUGCUGCUUCAUCGGGGAUUCAGUUAAGAAAGAGGAAGGCUCCAUUCUCACCUCGAUCUACUGUGUUAGAUCUUGAUCAACAAUUUCCUAUUCCUGGGAAACAUGCUUUUGAAAUAUGGAAGGAUCUUAAUGCAUCUAACAUGUUAGCUUUGUAUGCUCUUAUGAAAGGCAAGUCCAAGUCAACCGCAGCAGCAAAAGCAAAAGAAAUAUUGUUUUGCCAAGAAAAGCUUAUCAAUGAGCUGAAGAGAUUGUUUUUGAGUCCUACGGAUAAACAUGUUCCACUGGGUUCUCUGGCAUUCAUGAAGAUCAAGGCUCUCCUCAAUCUGUCAGAUGAUCUCUUGCCAUUGCUCAAGAACCUGCCAGAUGCUUCUGAACUAUUGUUAGAUCAAGAUAAGAAAGUUACUGAACUGAGGCGUUGCUUUAUGGUUGCUGCUGCUGAGCGCCUCCCUCCAACAACACCUGUUGAUGUUACGUCUCCCAGCACUGAUAGUUCCGAGAGUGUCUCCAGCAAACUAUGUCUCCUAUAAGUUGUUUUAGUAGAUGCCCAAAAAACUACUGUAGUACUUAUGAGAAAGGUUCAGGUGCUCCUGCGCGCAGGUUGGGGUGCUACCAUGCUACCAACCCACCUUUAGAUGUGCAUCAAAAAUUCAUCAACAAAUUUGAAUGGAUUUUCUUAUAAUCUUCUACCAUCAUGCAAAAAUCGAGGAUGAACAAAAUUUGUGCAAGAAAAACAACAAAAAAAGAUAAUUCAGUGAAUGAUUAGUUGCGGAUCUAAUUGAACCUGCACCUGUUACUGUUGAUGCCGUGAUUUGUCUUUUUUUUUUGUUUCCUUUUGCACAAGUUUUUGUUCAUCCUCAAUUUUUGCAUACCAUUCAAAUUUUUAGAUGACUUUUUUAUGCACAUCUAGAGGUGCAACCGCCGGUGGGUCGGUAGCACAGCUCGCGGGAGCACCUGAACCAUUCCGCUGAACUUGUAUAUUUCAUUUUCUGUUGGACCA